ACAUAUUCUUCGUUUUGUUCAUAUGUUCUUCUUAAAUUCAAAUGAUAAAUGUUAAAAUUGGAAACAUGUAGUAAAAAAAUGUAGUAUUAUAUUUAAAUUUGAAUUAUGGCGGGCAACAAAAGUCGUGUGGAGUGUUGUUGAAAAUAAGACGAUUUUCAUGAGAGAGCGCACGCCAUUUCCGCUUCGUGAAAUGUCGCCCUUUCCGGUUAGCCUCUGCUGAAGGAGAAACAUUGGCGUGCUUUGUAAAAACGUAAUCAAUUAUGGAAGAGGAACAAAUUAAUUUUGUUCUAACGUCGGACGAGGAGUUCGAUCAACUGGAAGUUGGAGAUACACUUGUCGAUGUUACAGGUGCUAUUAUCCGCAUUGAUGAGCCCAGGUUGAGGGCAAACGUUACUCGGUCAGCCAAUCACCCGUAUCGUUGCAUCUUUUCAAACCUGUCGAACCGUUUGAUAAGAAUUCUUUUCUGGGGAAGGAGAAUCGCCGAAUUUGAGGGUCGACUAAUGCGUCAGAGUGUAAGGAUUACGAGAGGCAGGGUCAAUGUAGCUAAUCCCCUAUAUCGUCGGGCUGAAGAUAAUUUAAUGAGCAUUGAGAUUUUUAUCCAGGCUCAUAGGACGGUGUCAAUUCUGGGACCUAUGCCCCAACUCACCCCAGACCCAAUUGAAUAUGUUACUAUCAAUUGGGAUCAAAUAGGUGAAGUGACUGGACCUGUGACCCUCACAGGCUAUAUCAAACUAGAAUUUGCCAGUGUCAUCACCAAUAAUUCCACGUACGGGAGUGGCAUCCUCACGGAUGCUGUGAAAUACCGACUUCCUGUCUAUGUGACCUCAUUUGAGGCUAACGGAAAUCCUGCAUUGGGAUCACACGUCACAAUCAGGGGUACUCUACGCAGGAACGAUAAUCAGAGUAUUGUUCUGCAGAUACCAGACAUGGCUCACAUACAUAUUAAGGAUGACAUCUUAAUGACUGAGGUUCAGAUGAGGCAAGGGUUUCGAGUCUCGGGGCGAAACAGAGCUGCGACAACUCCCAAUGAGAAUACGCCCCCAAUACGAAGAUCUAUUUCUGAGGUUGAGGACCCUACUAAUGAGAGCGACACUAUUUCAAGGCCAACACAACGUCCUCGACUGGAUGGUGAAGGUAAUAGUUCUGUUGAUGAUCAGUCAACCACCACAAGAAUUCCAAAUGUCAUUGGAGCUGAAGUCGUUAUCGAGGUAGAAACUAAUAGAAGUCUUUAAGACAUUUUGUUAACUUGUAGGAUUAUUUUCAACUCGAACACUCCUCGACUUUGAUCGUUUGAAUCCCUCAUCAAUACUCUUCAAGUUCAUAUUCUAUGCUUUUAAGGAUCAACAUAUCCUUAGAAUUAAUUUUUUUUUGUUUCUCUGAAGCUCAGCUUCUUAUUUGUUCGAUUUUUUUAUAUAUGUAUUUUGGUGACCAGUAAAGGGGAGAGAGGGGAAAUGGACGGAAUGCUUUUU